AUGCACGCAGGCAGUGGGGCCGCCCUGCUGGUGGAAGACGAGAGAAGAUGCCUCCGUCUGCAGCAUCUGCAGCUCAGGUGUAGAGCUACUCUGCGCACCUGGCAAAUUCCCGCUACGGAUACCGUGGUGGCACAUGUGUCUUGGGAUGUCAUAUACUUGGAACACACGUGGCGGAACACUGGUAACGUGUACCAUGCUGCCUCACAACGAGCACAGGCACGGGGCGCUGCCCCUGCAGCAGUGCCGAAGGCCAUCGAGGACCUUCUGGCUCCACUUCGCCAGCAUUUGCGUCGCGACACGCAUCCAGAGCGCUUGGCCCUGCUUGAGCUCAUGCACUCCAUUGCCCAGGCCAGGAACUAG